UCUUCUCACUCUUCACCCAAACCUGCUUGACGCAGCGAUUCUAACUUCAUCACAUUCAUUUGCCUACUUACUUCACUGCUCGACGCAUCAAUUACAACUCGCAAUUCACUCAUUCAACAACACUCUUUCGAUUCUUUCUAACUUUCUACAACCUCAACCUUUUUCAAAAUGAAGUUCUUUACCAUCGUUUCUACCCUCCUUGCCUCUGGCACUGCUCUUGCUGCCUAUGUCCCCCAGGCAAACUCAGCUCGUGGUCUUUCUUCAGGCGCUGCUGAGCUUGUCAACCGCAACGCUGAAGUCCAUGCCAGAGCUGAGGAUUCUGGCAGCCCUCUCGAUGCCGUCUUUGACGAGCUGAAGAAUGUUGUCCCCUCGGCCGAAGAUCCUACCGAUAAGCUGGACAGCCGCGAUCUCGUCGGCAACAUGUUCAACCUGGUCGGUCCUAACGCUAUCGACUUCAACGACAAGAUCAGCCACGGCUUCAAUGUUACCGCCUCAUAUGUCGGAUCCAUCGACUUCAACGCUCAGGUAUCUGCCGGUAUCGGAUAUGUGUCCAAGAAGAUCUCUUCUUCUGAGACUAACAUCCCUGGAGCUACCAUCAUCGUUACCUUCCUCUCUGGCCUCAAGGUGCUGGUUGCCAAGUUCGACUUGAACUCCGCGGCUCAGGGCUGCCUUUCUGUUGUCGGUCAAAUCAUUGCUUCCAUUGACUUCAACGCGCUCGUUGCUGGAGGAGUUAAGCUCUACAAGACUGUUUCCAGCAGCCUGACAGACGCUAUGCAGUCCUAA